AUGAUUCCCGGGUCAGAUUCGAUGGGUGCUCCCACGAGUUUCUCAUCUCGCAGACCCAAUGCUUCGAACCUCCCCAACUUCGAACUGCCUCCUCCUCAACUGACGUCGCUGCAUCAAAAGUACCACUCUUAUGCUACCACAUCUCAGCCUACCCCUUCCAUUCCUUCAAGCCUGACUAGUGUCGGCAACCUCUUGACUCCUCCGAGUGGCAUCUCAAGCGACGGUCUAAGCCCUAACUCAUCCAACAUGCCGACCGGCAGCUCCCAAGCCAACCAUUCGGUACCCCCCUUUACCCCCACUGGUUACAUGUGGCCUCCUUCGCAUACAGGAACCACGCCCUAUGGAUUCCAAUCUCACAACAGUCCUAACCAGCGCGGUCUCUUCUCUCCCUCACUCAAUUCGAUCGUCAAGGGAAACAACUCACCUCACCACUCCGAGAACCUCCCUCCUCCAAACUUCCCUGAGAACCCCUUCCCUACCUCCAUGUCCAUGUCGGCACCAGUCAACUUGCCUGCUUUACCAUCUCAGUCAUCCAGCAUCGGUUCCGCCAUGAUGGGUGGUCACACUCCUGUCACCCAACCUUCGCCAGUGAACCACCACGACUCAUACGCAAGACCUCCACCCACUCCGACAUAUUUCAACGCCUCCCAGCACAGCCACAACGGCCAGUCAGCAUAUGCUUAUUCAUCCGGACCUUCGCCUAUCCAGCAAAGCCCCAUGAGUGCAGGCGGACAUAUCCCUCGCAUGUCUCCUGCAAACGGACAUGGCUCCAUACCGCCCCUUCAACCACAGAACGGUCAACCACAGUACACACACCAGCGCCCAUCGUACCAAUACCCUCUCCCAGGACCCGUCUUAUCCAACAUUGGCAACCCGAACAGCCAGCUCGCUUUGGUCGGUGGCAUGCCUCCUUCAAUGAUGCCCGCAUACAACAGCGGACACGCGGCGCACAUGCAACACAUGUAUGGCCAUCACCCUCAGACGCAGCCGAACCCUCAGAACGAUAGACCUUUUAAGUGCGAUCAGUGUCCGCAAAGCUUCAACCGCAACCACGAUCUGAAGAGGCACAAGCGUAUUCACUUGGCUGUCAAACCGUUCCCCUGUGGACACUGUGACAAGAGCUUUUCCAGAAAAGAUGCCCUCAAGAGACACAUUCUUGUGAAAGGGUGCGGCAAGGCGCCAACCAAUUCUGGAGAAGGCGACAGAAAAGAUGGCUCAACGUCUCCAGCAAUGAAGAGCGAGAACUCGAGCCCUGCAGUCUCUGCCUCGGCAUGA